GAAAAUAAUGGGAAAUACAUGUUAAUGUUUAGAGAGUGAAUAAAAUAUGAAGGAAAUAAAUACUCAAUAAUUAAAUGAUGAAUAAGAGCAAGCUUUAAGAAACAUUAAUGAUUAGGAACAUCAAAUACAAAUUCUUGAUUAGCCUUUUAUUGCUCCUCCUAUAACACCUGAUAAGCCAUAACCUGGAACAUAAAGAUAUUUUGAUAAGAUAUAGGAAUUAAUGGUUGAGGUUUAGAAAGAAAACUAGUAAAGGCAAUCAUUUGAUAAAAGUUAGCAUAAAUAUGAGUUUGAAAGUGGAGCUGUGUAUAAUGGGGAAUGGGUAAAAUCAAUAUUUAUAAAGAUAAGCUUGGAGAUAUAAGAGAAGGUUUUGGAGAAUAGAUUUGGAAAGAUGGAGCAAGAUAUGUAGGAUAAUGGAAAAAUAAUAAAGCUGAUGGUUAAGGUAUAUUUUAUCAUGUUGAUGGAGAUAUAUGUAAAUAUUGAAUUGAUUGUUAGAUGAAGGAGAAUGGAAAGAUGAUAAGGCUCAUGGAAAAGGGAAAUAUAUUCAUGUAAAUGGAGCUUAGUAUGAAGGUGAUUGGAAUGAAGAUUAAUAACAUGGAAAAGGAAUGGAAACAUGGACUGAUGGGAGUAAAUAUGAUGGAGAAUAUAAAAAUGGAUAAAAAGAAGGAUUUGGGAAAUAUUAAUGGCCAGAUGGAAGUAGUUAUGAAGGAUAAUGGGUAAAUAAUAAAAUAAAUGGAUUUGGAAAAUAUAUUUGGGCAGAUGGAAGAAGCUUUGAGGGGGAUUGGUUGGCUAAUUAAAUGCAUGGUUAAGGAAAAUAUAAAUGGCCAGAUGGAAGAAUGUAUGAAGGAGAAUAUAUUUAUGAUAAAAAACAUGGAUAAGGAACUUAUGUUUGGAAUGAUGGUAAAAAGUAUGUUGGAAAUUGGUAUCAAGGAAAAUAACAUGGAAAAGGUUAAUUGAUUUUAGCAGAUGGGUAAAUAAUCUAAGGAGAAUGGCAUGAAGGCAAAAAAAUUAAAUGAAAAAUUAAUUCACUAUU